UUCUACAGUUCUGUGAAACAAACCUGUGAUGGCGGGCGAUUCAGUCCUGCUGGCUGCAGUCUCCCUUCUGUCUGCCUGUCAGCAAAUGUAUUUUACUGUGAAUGUUGGACGAGCAAGAUCAAAAUACAAGAUUGCACCCCCAGCAGUCACAGGGUCCCGGGAGUUUGAGAGAAUAUUUCGUGCUCAACAAAACUGUUUGGAGUUUUACUCCGCAUUCCUCGUAACACUGUGGAUGGCUGGGUGGUAUUUCAAUCAAGUUUUUGCGACCUGUCUGGGUCUUGUGUACCUAUACGGCCGUCACAAGUACUUCUGGGGCUAUGCGGAAGCUGCUGACAAACGGAUCACUGGUUUCAGGCUGAGCACGGGGACUUUGACCUUGCUGACUGUUCUGGCUGUGCUGGGCAUAGCAAGCCGAUUCCUGGAUGAAUACCUGGACCUCCAUGUUGCCAAGAAACUGAGGCAUCCCUUCUGAGGUUCCCUCUUCCCUCCUAUACCUGUUGAGGCUGUCACCAGUCUGAAGACAAC